AUGAAGAGCGCUCCCCGCAUCAUCGUAUGCGUAUCCUUGCUCCUCUUCAUCCCAAUCUACCUCCUCAAAACAUUGCUUUUGGAUCUAUAUGAUCAGUAUAGCGCAGGCGCAUACCUGGUCAACUGGAUAAACCGCCACCACGAUCAAACAUGGAAAUCGUACCCUGGAAACGCACGGGAUAAGGUGAUUGUCAUGGCCAAACUCGAGUCAGAGCCAACAGAAUGGGUCGAGGAGGAACUCCCAGACUGGCAACAAGCCAUCUACACCGUCAAUCCCUCGCAAGGAACAACCGCAGACAAAUACCAGCUCACCACCCCGAUCAACAAGGGCCAUGAGUCCAUGGCCUACCUCACCUACCUCAUAGACCACUACGACAGCCUCCCCUCGACCAUCGCCUUCCUUCACUCCCACCGCUCGGGCUUCCUCAUGGCCUGGCACGUCGACGCCCCGCUCCACGACAACGUCAUCGCCAUGCGCUCCCUGCAGCUUGACUUCGUCCAGCGCAACGGCUACGUGAAUCUCCGCUGCAACUGGAACCCGGGCUGUAAGGAAAACCACCGUUUCAACGCCCACGUCACGCCGCAGAUCUUCGCCGAGAUCUUCGACGGGACCAGCACGCCCGCCCUCAACUCCACCACGUCCAGUGCCCUCGGAGACUCGGAUCAAAAGUUCCUCCGCAUCCCAGAGCAGGUUGGGGCCGCCUGCUGUGCCCAGUUCGCCGUCUCCCGGGAGCAGGUUCUCCAGAGACCACGAGACGACUACAUCAAAAUCCGCCAGUGGGUGAUUGACACUCACAAAAGCGAUGCGAGCAGUGGCCGCACCAUGGAAUUCCUCUGGCAUAUCAUCUUUGGCCGAGAAUCCGUCUACUGCCCUGACCAAGAACUCUGCUACUGCCAAGUCUACGGCCAAUGCUGAUCCUCAUACUACAAAUCAAAUAAUCAUUUUGGCGACUCUUAUUACAACAUAUUCAUACCACGUCCCCUGCCUCGACACCUAUUGAUUUAUUUAUGUAUUUAUUUAUUUAUUUCAAUAGGACGAUGUACAGUUGGAGAUCACAUUUUGGUUUUCUUGAACCAGUGACAAGGGCGGUAUUAGAUUGAUUAUUUUUGGGUGGGUUACUACUUAUAGGUUGGGUUGGCGUUCUCUUUGCUUGCAUUUUACAGCAUUCCACGGCGUACCUGUACUGUACAUAUUCCCAUAUAUAUAUAUAUAUAUUAUAUAUAUAUAUACCUUCCAAGGUUCCACUAGUAAUUGCAUUAUAUGAUUCC